AUGGCACUAAAGAAAAUGAAAAACCAAACAGGUGAUGUUCAUGACAAACUGCAGAGGUACUUAUUCUCAUACAGAACGACUGUCCAUGCUGCAACAGGGAAGACCCCAGCUGAGUUGCUCAUGAGGCGCUCAUUACGAACUCGGUUAUCAGCGUUGAGACCGACACGAGAAGGAUUGAUGAUCAAAAAUGAUGAUGCAGAAACUGAAGUGCCAAGAUUCUUCAAUGUGGGACAAGCUGUCUUUGUUUUGAACUUUGGAGUUCAAGGCUCAAGAUGGGUACAGGGGACAGUUUUGGAACGACUGGGUGAUAGGAAUUAUCAUGUUUCCGUCGGACAACAGGUGUGGAAGAGACAUGUUGACCAGAUGAGACCACGUCUGGAAGUUUCACGACAGUCAGUACAAGGUAGCCCGGAGAUGUCAGUGUUUCUGGGAUCAGCAGAAAGCACAGUGAUGGCACAGCAACCAUGUGUUCUUGUGGGAUCUAAGGGGUUGACAGAACCAAAAGUGGAAAUUGAAGUCAACCAGAAGCAGGUGUCGGAUGCAGAAGAACUAAAGGAGAGGCGUUACCCUACCCGAGAUCGACGUCCUCCAGUUCGAUAUGAGUGUGACAAGUGA